UGUUCAUAAGCAUUCGGCAUCGUCAGCGACUAUGCUUAGAGAUUGAGUCGAGAUUCCCCUUCCCCUCCUAUUCCUUUGUCGUGAUCCUACCAGCAGAAUCAUUCGGCAGCAAUGACUGCGACUUGGAUUUUUGUAGUUAUAUUAAUGUUACAAAGGUCUCUGUCAUGGACUUUCCUCUUCUUUGGCGACAUUUCCUCUUCUUUGGCUCUAUUUUCCACUAUUAAAUACCCAAAAUGGAUUUUCAUCUUCAGUUGCAUCAACUUCCAUGGAGGCCAAGGUCGCUGAUUCAAAAAGGUUCAACUUUUCCUGGUGCUGGUGGUUAGUGAUACUCAUAAUCGGUAUUCUCGUUUUUGCUGCCGGUUUAUUCACUUUACUCAGCAAGCUUCAUCGCUCUGGUUCUGCUCACCUCCCAACUCGUCCCACCAACGUCGUGCAAGACUACGCCACUGCUCUCGAAUUGGCUCUGCAAUUUUUUGACAUUCAAAAAUCGGGCAAGAUACAGAAUAAUAGGAUUUCGUGGAGGGGAGAUUCAGGGCUACGGGAUGGGAGCGAAGCGAAUUUGGAUUUAUCCAAGGGGAUGUAUGAUGCUGGAGAUCUAAUGAAAUUUGGGUUUCCCAUGGCUUUUACCGCUACGGUGUUGUCGUGGGCGAUUCUCGAAUACGCUGAUCACUUGAAUGCUGUGAAGCAACUAGAAUAUGCGCAGGACACACUUAAAUGGAUCACAGAUUAUCUUAUCAAUGCACAUCCUUUCGCAGACGUGCUCUACAUUCAGGUCGGAGAUCCUGAAGUGGACCACAAUUGCUGGGAAAGACCUGAAACCAUGACUGAGGGAAGGCCAUUGACUCAAGUCAACACAUCUUUUCCUGGAACAGAUAUUGCGGCAGAAACUGCUGCUGCCUUGGCUGCUGCAUCUCUAGUAUAUAAGGGGAUCAAUCUCACGUAUUCUGACAUUCUCCUCAGUCAUGCUCAACAACUGUUUACUUUUGCUGAUACUUACAGAGGUUCCUACAGUGUCAGCAUCCCGCAAGUGCAGAAAUACUACAACUCUUCGGGAUAUGGUGAUGAACUUUUGUGGGCAGGCAGCUGGCUCUAUCAUGCAACUAGAGAACCAUCAUACCUUAACUAUGUGACUGAGCUGAAUGAGAAUGCGUUUGGUAAUUUAGGAAGUCAAUCCUGGUUUAGUUGGGAUGAUAAGCAUGCUGCAACUCAGGUUCUUUUGUCCAGGAUCAAUUUCUUUGGCAUAAGAGGCAUUCCAAAUGCAGAGAAUCUUGACCUCCAAAUGUACAGAGAAACUGCAGAAAUCUUUAUGUGCGGGCUUCUGCCUGAUUCACCAACAUCGACCACUAGUAGAACUAGCAAUGGACUGAUAUGGGUGGUGCCAUGGAACUCUUUGCAGCAUUCUGUGGCUUCUGCUUUCCUAGCUGUUCUUUACAGUGAUUACAUGGUAACAUCCAACACAGAAACUCUAUUUUGUAGUGGAAAGCUGUAUAAGCCAAAAGAUCUUCGCAGUUUUGCCAUUUCUCAGGCAGAUUAUGUGUUGGGCAAAAAUCCAUUGAAGAUGAGCUACCUGGUUGGAUAUGGUAGUCGCUACCCUCAAUACGUACAUCACAGAGGAUCUUCUAUUCCAACAAAUGCUACUACUGGGUGCAGGGAUGGAUUCAAGUGGUAUGACUCACCUUAUCGCAAUCCAAAUGUGGCUGUGGGAGCCCUCGUGGGUGGCCCCUUCUAUAACGAGACAUAUAAUGAUUAUCGGAACAACUCAAUGCAGGGCACCCCUAGUCCAGUAUCGCCUUGCUUCUUCUGCUGCCCCUCUUGUGAGUUUCACUUUACAAUGUAUCACCGCCUGCGUUUCGGAAUGAACUGCAUUACCUAAAUAUAACAGGUCUCGUUCUGUUCAUAGUCUCUACCUUUCUGAUCGUCUCAAACGAGCAAGUGAUGUUACAUGUUCUCUCGUCCUUGAAUGGACCCAAUACAUUUACUUCCCUUUGCUCUUAUACGUGGCCUCGACCAUAACUCAGGCCGAAAACAGACUUUGGACCAUAGCAAAAUUUUGAAUUGGAUUUUGAUCUGCACCCUCUUAGAUAGGCCCAGACCAAAGCCCAAGAUG